AUCUAAAGUACACUUCUUCAUAUGUAUCUUGAUGGAUCCACAAGACCACCAACAACCUGAACUCAGACAAGUACUUGUGCUUCAACCCCCUUAUGUAUUUAACAUCCACGAACACUUGUUCACGGACAGAUUUCACGUCCUCAAAGCAUACGACUCGCCAUUACCUACUCGCGACUUCCUCCACGCCAACGCGCAGUCUGUGAAAGUCGUCCUAUGCUCUGGCGCGGGUCCAAUCACAGCUGACGUGAUACGUGACCUUCUGGCUCUCAAACUCGUUGUCACUGAUGCCACUGGCGUCAAUCACAUAGACAUGGCUGAAUGUGGCCGUCGGGGAAUUGUAGUCACUAACGCCGGAGAUGUGUAUUCGGAUGAUGUUGCUGACGCCGCCAUAGGACUGUUGAUCGACGUCAUGAGGAGAAUUACAAGCGGUGAUAGGUUUGUUCGCGGUGGUCGUUGGCCGACUUCAAGGGAGUAUCCUCUAGGUGCCAAGUCUUUUGAUGUUAUGGUUUUCAAGUUAGAAGGCAAACGAGUUGGAAUUGUUGGGCUUGGAAACAUUGGAUCUAGAGUUGCCACAAGACUAGAGGCCAUGGGUUGCAUAGUCUCAUACACCUCAAGGCAGAAAAAGCAAUCUACCCACUUCACUUUCUACCCAAAUAUCCUCCAACUCGCUUUUGACUCUGACGCUCUCGUGCUUUGUUGUGCGUUAACCAGCAACACACGCCACAUGAUCAAUAACAAAGUCAUGAAGGCCUUAGGAAAAAAGGGUAUCAUCGUGAAUGUGGCACGUGGAGCCCUCAUUGAUGAGGUGGAGUUAGUGAAGUGUUUGGUGGAAGGUGAAAUUGGUGGUGUUGGCUUGGAUGUUUUCGAAAACGAACCAAAUGCACCUAGAGAGUUGUUUGAAUUGGAUAAUGUCGUUUUUUUGCCUCAUGCAGCGGCCUUUACCAAUGAAUCAUUCUAUGAUGUUGCUCAGGUUAUGAUAGCCAACUUAGAGGCGUUUUUCACGAAUAAACCCUUGCUUACUCUUGUUAACAACAAAUUCUAGUCACAAUUUGUGCUUCAUUACUUAAUUUUCCAAUAAAUGUUUAAUGUAUCCA